UGUAAUAACUGUAUAUGUGUGUGCUGUAUCUUUACAGCUAUACAGACUAGGACAGUAAUAUUUAAGGUUAACGAGUACACAAUGGACUCUUGCAACAAAGGAUUAUUAAGAUUAAAGGGUUAAGAUAAAGAGUUGCAUUUGGUCACAGUGACAUAUGCUUACGCUCUGUAUCCUUCUCACCACUCUGUGUAACUUCCCAAUGGCAGGCUUGUUCUUUCUACUACUUGCUCUUGCUACCUGCUCUGCUGGACAAUUCCAGGGUGUUUUGCAGAACCAUGUGUCUUAUAAAAAAGCGUGUGCCAGCUAUACUGAUGGACUAAACCCAGAGUUCUGUGGAUCUUGCAAUUUUGAGAAAGAUGCUUGUGGAUGGAAAAAUAUCAGUACAGAUACAUUUCAGUGGAGGCUUGAGAAGGCAAACAUCAGCAGCAUCCCUGGUGUGGACCAUACCACUGGAACACCAUGGGGUCAGGUCAUGCAUGCAGAGGGUGAGAACGUUGGGAUUUUCUCAAAGGCAAUUUUGGAGUUUUCUUUCCCUCAAGAAACUGCACUUUGGUGCCAGAUAAGCUUUUGGUAUCAUCUUCAUGAUCCUUAUGGAAUAUCCUCUCAUUUUGCCCUAAGUCUGGUCACUAAUGGAUCAUCUAUGGUCUUGUGGGAGAUUAAGCAGGGGCAGACUAAUGGUUGGGUAAAUGCAACUGUAAGAAUUGGAAAUCAUCCUAAAGGAUCAAAGAUGUUGUUUUCAAUCGAUCCAAAUUUUAUUGGAAAUCAAGAUAUAAUGCUGGAUGAUAUUACACUGAUGGACUGUGCAGAAGGAGAUAUUCCUGAAGACUCAGACCAGCUCAGCUGUGACUUUGAGAAUAACAUGUGUGGUUGGUACAUAGACCAGUCUGCCAGUCUCAUUUGGGAGCGGAGCAAUGGUCAUAAACCCUCAUAUGACAACCAGGGACCAGGAUAUGACAAGACAACUGGGUCUGGUUAUUAUAUGUUUAUUGGAACAAAAAAAAACUCUAGUCCAUCACAGACUGCAAGACUAAUCAGUUAUCCCCAGCAAGUCAAAUGUGUCAGCUUCUGGUAUCAUAUCUAUGGUCCCAGCAUUGGCUCUCUGAGAUUUAUUUCUAAGAAUACUAAUGGGACCGAGACAGUUAUGUGGACUAGGACUGGUACACAGGGGAACAAAUGGCGCUUUGCAGACCUUAGCUUUGCCACCAAUGACAGUCCAGUACAGUUCAUCUUUGAGGCUAUCUUGGGAGGCACUGAUGGCAGUAUUGCUCUAGAUGAAGUGCAGGUCUGGAGCAGUGUAAAUGGAUCAUGUCCACCUGAGAGAGAAUGUACGUUCCAGAGCUCUCUGUGCAGCUUAGAAACCGACCCUUCAGCUGACUUUCCCUGGGUCAGAAUCACAGGGAUGCAGGAUGCUGGUUCUGCAAGCCCAAGCAAGGAUCACACUCUUGGCACUGACCAAGGUUACUAUCUGAGUGCGCAACAGUGGGAUCGACCAAGUGGUAGUAAAAGUCGCAUGGUGACACGUUUGUAUGAGCCAAAUCUUGAGAGCAAGGAAUGCUGGAUGUUCUGGUAUCACAUGAGUGGCAGAGAUGUGGGAAUGCUCAAUGUGUACCUGCACGAGUCACACAACUCUCAAGUUACUCUUUGGAGCCGCAGUGGAGAUCAGGGAGAUCGGUGGAGACCUGGUCGAGCCACUGUCGUCAGCCCUCUCAGCCCUUACCAGAUUGUAUUUGAAGCAGUGGCUGGGGAAGGUCAGGUUACGGACAUUGCCAUUGAUGAUCUGAGUGUGUUAAAUGGGCCUUGUCCUCCUCAUGGGUUGUGUGACUUUGAGAUGGAUCUGUGUUAUUGGGAAAACAGUGCUCUUAGCACCCACAGUGUAGACUGGAGCUGGACAUCUGGAGUCAGUGCCUCCAGGUUUGCACCUUCAGUGGAUCACACCACCAAUUCAAACCUGGGACAUUACAUGGCCUUUAGCACAAAGGAAAGCAAUGAUGAGCAAAUUGCUUAUCUUCAGAGUGAGGUGAUGCAGCCAGUGGACCAUGCAUGUCUGGAGUUCUGGUACUACAUGGAUAUGUGGUAUAUUUUAGACAAACUCACACUAACUGUAUAUGUGAAUGAGUCCGGCAUUUCAAACUUCCUGUGGAAUCAGACUGGCACUCAGGGCAAAGUGUGGCACAAAAUCACACUGGAUUACACAGCAUCCGAGAAAUACCAGCUUGUGUUUAAGGCCAUACGGCCUGCACAUGAUGAAGGAGCUAUUGCCUUGGAUGAUAUCUACAUCAGAGAGAGUGUGAGCUGUGCAGACACGAUCACCACCACACUAGCUCCAACAACACAUCCCACAACACCACCUGCAUCCUCCAUGGACUACAGCUUUGAGGAGGGACUAUGUGACUGGGUUCAGGAACGUGAUGACGGAUUCGACUGGACGCGUCAACAGGGACUGAAGGUAGACACAAGCAAUGAAGGACUCCUUUAUGACCAUACCAUUGGAAAUAAGCAUGGUUUCUAUAUGGCUCUGAAUAUGCCUGGAGACAAUGAUGGUGAAACAGCAGUCCUUUCAACCCCUGUAAAUAUACAAGCCACGGCUAUGUGUGUUGGAUUCUGGUAUUUCAUGCUAGGAGCAUCAGUGGCAAAGCUGGACCUUGUGGUUAAGUUGAAAACAACAGAAUUGGUUUUGUGGACUAGAAGAGGUACAAAAGCUGCUGAGUGGCUGAAAGCACAAGUCACAGUCAGCUUGGUGGAUGUACAAACAGUCAAAUUCAUUGGUAGUAGAAAUGCCAAUAGCAGUGGGUUCAUAGCACUUGAUGAUGUGAGAGUGACCUCAGGUGCCUGUGAAGAUCAUAGUCCAUGUGGUUUUGAAAGUUCUUCCCUGUGUGGAUUUGAUCAGGACAUAACUGACAGCACUCACUGGCUCCGUGUGAAUGGCAGCACUGGCCAUGUUGAUCACACAUACCAAACUCAAAUGGGUCAUUCAAUGGCUGUUUUGGGAAAGGAGCUUCUGAAGCCAGAGGUAACACACCUCCUGACUCCAGCAUACAGUAAAACGACUGAAUCAUGCCUACAGUUCUGGUACUUGCUGUCUGCUGGAUCUGGUGAUGCUCUUUCUGUGCAUGUUUACCUAAAUGGAGAGCUAGGUCCUGACCUCUGGUCUCUUUCUGGAGUGGCUUCUACAGGUUGGGAGGUGGCAGAGGUCACUGUAUCUUCUCCAGACAAAUUCAAGGUGGCAUUCAAGGCAAAAUUAAGUCCUGGCCAGGAGUUUUUUAUAUUUCUGGAUGACGUGUCAGUAAGAAAUGGAGCUUGCCUUCCCACUGGAAGUUGUGAUUUUGAGUCAGGGCUGUGUACAUGGGUGAAUUCAGACUUGAACAACCACGACUGGUUCCAUGCAGAUGGGAAUGCGGGUGGUCCUCUGACUGACCAAACUACACACACAACAGAUGGCAGGUUUAUGUUGAGUCUAUCUCAGCUGACCAGUUCAGACAACAACAGUACAUCUAUGCUCAUCUCUGAGCGGAUCCAACAAAGCUCUGACUCCUGCCUCUCGUUUUGGUAUAACGUAAAUUGCAGUAAUUCAGGGACUUUGCGAGUCUUUUUGGAAAUAGAGAACUCACGUGAAAGGCUGAUUUUUAAAUCAAAUGCUGCUGAAAACAGCUGGAGAAAUUUCUCUACCACAGUGUCUGAGACCAAGCCAUAUAAGAUUGUUUUAGAUGCUGAGUCUGGAAAAGGAGGAUUUAUUGCUGUGGAUGACAUAACAGUUACAGAAGGGCAGUGUACAGAGGAAACUGUGGUGAGUGGGGUAUUUGUUGGGUGCAAUUUUGAGACGGAUAGCUGUGAGUGGAAAGAUGUGAGUGUGGGACAGUUUUCCUGGCAGCGGGACCGCAACGGAACAGCUUCAGCUAACACUGGACCCACAGUUGAUCAUACUACAGGCACAGAACUGGGCUGGUAUAUGGCAGUAGAGGCCAGUAAUGGAGACCAGAACAGCUAUGCUGCUCUUCAGAGUCCGGCUAUGAGGCAAGCCAGCACCGAGUGUGUGCUUGAGUUCUACUAUCAUAUGUAUGGGGAAGGAAUUGGCGAGUUAAACGUAUUCCUUCAGGAGGGCCUAAGAAAAACACCCAUAUGGUGGAAAUCUGGUGAUCAUGGAGACAAGUGGCAGAGAGCAGAAGUGGCAGUUGGUCGAACUCAUCAAGUCUUUAAUAUAAUUUUUGAAGCCACCAGGACCUUUAGUGAGCUUGGUGACAUUGCUAUAGAUGACAUCGCUUUCAUAAACUGCUCUCUCCCAGAGCCUCAGGAGUCAUGUUCACCAAAUACAUUCACAUGCUCCAAUCGUGUGUGCGUGGAUGUGAGGAAAAUAUGUGACUUCAGUGAUGACUGUGGAGAUGGCAGUGAUGAAGCAUUAUGUGAUGAACAGGCUUUCAAGCAGCGCUGCAGUUUUGAGCAGGGCAUGUGCUUAUGGGAGUUUAGUGAGAAACAGGACAGAUGGAUGUUGAAUAGAGGAGAGAGGGCAUGGCCACAACUCGGACCACCCAGAGAUCACACACGCAACAUAGCAGCGGGCCAUUACAUCAUCCCUGCCAGUCAAAGCCAGACAGCUGAGAUCAUCUCCAACACGUUGCUCCCGAGUACCACCUGCACUGUAACCUUUUACCACGUUUCCCGUGGUAACAACUCCACCACCAGACUGACCAUGCGACUGCGGACAAUACUCAGUGAAGAUCAGGACACUACACUCUGGCAGCAGAAUACGGCUCAUGAAUUUCAAUGGCAAAGGACAGAGGUCAUCUUCUCCUCCGUAGUAAAAGCCAAGAUUGUAUUUCGGUAUGAUGGAAGUGGCAAGAGCUAUGAAGAAUACAUAGCUGUGGAUGAUGUGUCCUUUUCACCAAACUGCAUUCAGGACCCUGAAAAUAGCCAGCUGCCAAUCUCACCCCCUACAGCUCCCCCUACAGUCACCCCGAGCACUGCUACACCCACUGAGUAUCCCUGCAAGGAGAAUGAGUUUUACUGCUGGAGGUCAGACGAGAAGAAAUGCAUUGCUUCUACAGCUCAUUGUGAUUACAGAAUAGAUUGCCCUCUUGGUGAAGAUGAGGAGUCAUCUGGACCCUGUACAUUUGAGUACGGACUUUGCAACUGGAAUAGCACAAGUCAGGGUAAUAAGUGGCAGAGAGUGAAAGCUAGUGAGGAUACAGAACCACCGACUGACCACACCACAGGAACAGGUCACUACAUGUAUGUAAAUUUGAAUUCAGUGCCAUCUGAAAAUGAGGUGCAGUUUAUGAGCCCAUCACUGCCUCCUACCUCCCCAUACUGCCAACUACUGUUUCAUUUCCACCUGGAUGGCGAAGAUGGUGUUAGAGGUCUAAGUGUGUUCAUGCAGAAUGAAAAGAAUGACAGGACACAACUCUGGACUCGCACCAACAGUACUGAAAUGCAGUGGACCCUGGCGCAGCUAGCAAUAGGAAAACAACUGCAGCACUACAAGAUCAUCUUCAGUAGUCUGGCCACAUCACUACAUAACAAUAAUAAUAAAGCUGUCCAUCAUGGAGCCUCUCUAGAUGACAUCUCCUUCCUGAACUGUGAGACAUCAUAUCAACCACCAGCUCUGUCGACAGUUGGCUGCUCCUUUGAGGAAGACCUGUGUAGCUGGGUGCAUGGAAGUACUGGGGAAUUCCACUGGCUGAGAAAGAGUGGACCAACUGAAACUGUCAAUACCGGCCCUGCAGGAGAUCACACCAGCGGCACAGGAUAUUAUCUAUAUAUUAAAAGCUCAACUCCUGGUAAAAGAGGCAGCAUAGCUCAGCUGAUGUCUCCUGUACUCCCCCCUGCUGGAAAGAACGGCUAUUGUCUUAAAAUCCAGUACCACAUGUUUGGAGCAACAGUGGGCUCACUAAAUAUGAUUCUGCACUCUGUUGAAUCCAGGGUGUCCACAGUGGUGUGGCAGAGGGUGGGCUCUCAGGGAAAUGAGUGGCAUGUGGCCCAGAGGCAUGUGAUUCUACAGGAAGUUCAUCAGAUAUUGAUCGAGGCCUCAGUAGGUGGAGAGGCUGGAGAUAUUGCUAUAGAUGACUUAUCACUUACUGAAGGAGCUUGUGUUCACACAGAUGGCCUUUGUGAUUUUGAAGAAGGGAGCUGUGACUGGGAACAGGUAGUUGAUGAUGAUCUAGACUGGGCUAGAGGAUCAGGAAACACUCCAGUUACAAAAUUCCAACCGAGCUUUGACCACACCACCAACACAGACAGUGGACAUUACUUCUAUAUGGACUUCUCUUCCCGUGUAUCAGGACACACUGCUAGGAUGUUCUCUCCUCUCUUUACCGCAGGAAACAACCAAUGUCUCCAUUUGUGGUUUUAUAUGAGUGGAAAAGACACAGGGACGCUGAAUGUGUACCAAAAAAACUCAAAUGGAGCUCAUUCAUUGCUGCUGAGUCAAUCUGGAGAGCAAGGCGGGCUGUGGAGAUUUGCCCAGGCGCCACUGCCCCACACUGGUCCAGAAUACAGAAUCAUAGUGGAGGGGAUAAAAGGACAGAGUGAGCAAAGCAUUGUGGCUGUGGAUGAUGUACUGGUGUCACACUACCCAUGCACUGGUCCAGGCCACUGUGACUUUGAGUUGAACAUGUGCAGCUGGCGCAAUCUGAUGGCUGAGGACAAUAUGGACUGGCUCCGAAAUCAGGGAAACUCUAAAGCUCCCAGUACAGGGCCAAGUGUUGACCACACUACCAACUCCCCCAUUGGUUAUUAUUUGUAUGUAGACACCACAGUGGGGUGCUGGGGAGACAGGGCACUGCUGCUCAGUGAAAUAUUCCCCCCGGGCAACAGGGAGCAGUGUUUUACAUUUUGGUAUCACAUAUAUGGCCAAAAUGUAGGGACUCUCAAUUUAUACAUCAAUAACAGGACUUUGCAUGAUAAUGGGGAUAAACUUGGACAUCUGAUUUGGACAGACUCAGGAGAUGAGGGGGAUGUAUGGUGGAGUGCCAGAGUGAAUAUUAAUCAAAAAGAGCCAUUCUGGUUCGUGUUUGAGUAUCUCAAAGGUCAGGCCUCUGGAGGAGAUGUGGCUAUUGAUGAUAUACAGAUUACUUACUCUUCUUGCAACCCGGAACUACCUACUACAGAAGCUUCUUCUAAUGGAGUAGGAACAGGAGUGGCAGUUGCAGUGACAGUAACGUUACUGGUGAUAGUCAUAGUCUGCAGCACCCUGUACAUGCUACAGAGGAGACGCUUAAACAGAGAUUUUGCUACUGAACAUGAAGUUAUGGGAAGAAAUGCAGUCUAUGAUAUUGAUGACUGUGAAAUAGAGGAUUCAGAGUCUUGAAGGGUGGAAAACAAUUUUAUAAAAUGAAGCAGACCGAGCCAGAAGAAACAUCCAUUCUCACUGUUAAUAAUUCAAUGACAAACUGUAUUCUUCUCUGACUCCUUUGUUUUAUAAUACUCCGUGA